AUGCGACCUCAUAGCCUUGACGACUGGGGGGGUCAAAAGACGACCCCCUACUUGGCCAUGCGCUGGGUGCCGCUGAAUGGCGCAGUGGGACAGCAGCAGCUGGAGUGGUUGGAGGACGUACCAUCGCGGGCAAAGUUCAUGAAAGAGUAUCAGGAUUAUUCAAGGGCAGACCGGGACACUUUACACUUCAUGUUCAGCAGCGCCUCCUCCCGAGAUGGCCUCGUUGCCGAUGACGCCUGCCUCUCAGCGGAGCCAGGCGCCUGCAGCUUGAACGCGCUGCAGGUCGCGCCCCCCCGGAAGGAACAGCAGGUGUUCUCAGUGGGCCUCAGCUCGCAAAGUGCGCUGGGUGCCUGGUUCUGGGCUGCCACACGUCCGGAGAACAUUCGCCGCGUGCUGAGUAGGCUGGGCCAUCGAGGUCGAGACUUUGUGCAUCUGCACUUGCUGGGCUCCAAGGUCCCGGAGCUGGAAGAUAUUGCGAAAAUUUACCCGCAGCCACCCGGGGAAACCCAGGAUGCCUGGAUGAGAGACCUCAUGGAAGGUGGGCGGCGUGAAGAUCCCGUGUUGAGGGCAGAAUAUGACCGCAAGCAGAAAGUCCUGAUUGCCGGUUACAUCGUGCUGACCAUUCUGCCGCUUCUGGUUGUCAGCAUUGAGAAGCCCAGCAAGAACUCAAAGCCCUUCGAGGCGCGCCCACAGACCAGCUUGAAGAUCACCCAGAAGGAGCUGAGCGAACAUCAAAGCACCUCCUCGCUCUGGAUAUCCAUUGGCGGGGUGGUCUGCGACGUGACGGAGUUUUUGAUGCUUCACCCUGGGGGGAAUGAUGUGUUGCUGCAGUACGGUGGACAAGAGGCCUACGAUGCAUUUGAGGAAGUCGGCCACUCCGACUUUGCCCGCAAGAUGGUCCAGGAGAAGGCCAUUGGCCUGCUGGUGGACGGGCAAGGCCCGCGCUCCGGCGCCGGCACCACGCUCUUGGGCCGGCUCUUCACCAAGGAGGAUGGAUACAACAUCCACAAAGUGUUGGGCAUCAGUGUCCUGACCUCCGUGCUCUACCGUGUCUACUGCUGCCUUGACAUGCAGUGGGACGGAGGCUUCUCCUCGAGCAUCUUUUCCCUGGGACUCUGCUGGCUCUGCAUGUUGCUGCAGUCCACCUCGUACCUCUUUGAGGUGCCAAAGGCACGACUGCUGGGCAGCCCGAUGAUCUGGCAAGAGUGGAGGGGCCACAACUUCAUCUUCGUAUCCAGGCACGUCCUGGCUUUUACAAUCACCUGGUUCUUCCUGCGCUAUGUGCAGUACUCCAACCAGUUCGCCUCCAUUUGCCUAGACCUGUCCAUGUUCGUGGUUCUCUACGGCCAGCUCUAUGCGGUAGAUUUGGUCACGGCCUGGGUCAGGGAGGACAAGCACACCAGCCUCACUGCGAGCUGGCCCUUCUGGGAGGGCUGCCCGCUGUGGCUGGAGAAAUCCAUCAAGCUCUACUACACCCUGGCCCAGUUUCAGGCCAGCACCCUGCUGAUCAUGACUGGCAGCAAGCUCUUUGACAAGUACAUGGUCAUCUUCCCUUUCCAGUUUGCCUCCUUCUUGAUGACGCUGGUGAGGAAGGGGAUCAUCUCAACCAAAGGCUUUCAUGCCGGCUACUUGUGGAGUUUGUGGAUGGUGGUGUGGCUGAUUUUGGGUGCUGAUGGGGAAGCCCACGCGGCUGGCUGGGCACUCUGGAUCAUGAUGUACAUGGUCCGCUCCCAAGGGCUUUCCAAGUACGCGCUGUGGCUGGGGCCCUUGGUGCCGGCGGUGCUGCAAGCUCUGCAGCUGAUGCCCACCGCGAAGAUCUGGAAAUUCCCGGUGAUGAUCAUCGUCUGGAUCGUUUGCAUGGGCCUGCAGAAGCUGUGCAUCGGCUUCGCCAUGGAGGUGCGGGCGCGGCGGUUCCUGGAGGCCAGGCAGAAGCCCAUGAAGCUUUUGGCCAAGGAGAAGGUGAACGACACCUUUUUGUUGUUGAAGUUCGAGGUCCCUGCCGGUUACACCGCCGGCAUCAAUCCGGGCCAGCACGUGAAGGUCUACGUGCCCAACAUCUCCCAAAACGUGGCGGAGUGGAACAAGUCCUUGAACCUGGAGGAGCCAGUCGAGGUGCUGAGCCGGUCGUACACACCGGUGAGCGCCACCGUGUCCCCAACCAUGGACCUGAUGGUCCGCUACUACCCCAAGGACUCGGACCGCGGAUUUCCAGAUGGAGGCCGUGGUAGCACAUAUUUGGUGGACCAACUGGCGGUGGGCAGCAAGAUCAUGAUGACCGGGCCUCAUGGUCAUCAGCUCUACUAUGGCCAGAGGCGGUUUUUGGUUGAGAAGUCCAUGGUCUCCGCGCGCGCCUGUGGGGCGCUGGCUGGGGGCUCCGGCAUCACGCCGGUGCUGAGCACUUUGCGGGACAUUUGGCAGGAGGGCCGCCGGGACAUCCGGGACCGCGACCAGCGGAUCCUGGGCGAAAAGGCGCUGAGGAUGGAGGAGUUCGCAGUGCUUCACGUGACGAGGUCCCCAAAGGAGGCCUUGUCGCCAGAGUGGUACGCUGUCCCGCAGGACACCCAGGACGUUACGCCCAUUCGGGUGUCCCACGUGGUCACCGGCAGCGGCAAGGUCGAAGGAGUGUCUCAAUGCUGGACCGGAAAGCUUACUGAGGAGAUGGUACAGAAGUCCUUGCCAGCGCCGGCAGACGACGUGGUGAUCUUUGUUUGCGGCCCCCAGGGCUUUAACGAGUCCUUGUGCCGGCCGAUCCUGCAAAAGCUGGGAUACAAGAAUGUGGUGAUGCUUCAGUGA